UGAAAAUGGCGUCGGUGCGCGACAUUGUUAUGUGAUUGUGAUGUGUUGACAUGGUGGUCGUUUUCAGUAGGAUUUAAGUCGGAAAGAAUGUCCGGCACGCCGUCUAAUAGGCGAAACGGCGCCCAGAAGAUACGUUUGACCAUCCUGUGCGCCCGGAACCUGGUCAGGAAGGACCUGUUCAGGUUGCCCGAUCCCUUUGCCAAGAUCUCUGUGGAUGGCAGUGGCCAAUGCCAUUCCACCGAGACCAUCAGGAAUACCCUAGAUCCUAAAUGGAACUCCCACUAUGACCUAUACAUCGGUCGCACAGACACCAUCACCAUCACAGUGUGGAACUACCGCAAGGUGCAGAAGAAGCAGGGUAGCGGAUUCCUUGGCUGCGUCAGAAUCAUACAUUCCACUAUACACAGGCUGAAAGAUACAGGAUACCAAUGUUUGGAGCUGUGCAAAGCAUCACAAGAUGAUAGUGAACCGGUGAAAGGACAGAUAAUAAUAUCGUUGCUGUCGAGGGAUGGACCUUGCGGUGGAACGCCUCUCGCUGUCGUCGGACCAUUGGGCGAACUGCGAGGUCCGACGGAUCGUGAUGCAUCGCCCGCCACCGACAACGAGGAGUUACCGCCCGGUUGGGAGGAGCGUCGAACGGCGAACGGACGUCCGUACUACGUGAACCACAUCACCAAAACUACGCAAUGGUUCAAACCGAUUUCCUCGUCGAAGACGACGCGAGCCCGCAGCAAUGCGCGCAUAGAGAACAAUCAAAUCGAUAGCAAUAUAGUGAACAACAAUACGGAGGAAGCCGUUGUCACGAGUCCCGGAUCGAGCACGUCGCCCACGUCUCCGGUGAUCAGUCCGCAGAAGGAGAUCAUUCCGUCGGUGGUGAGGCCGAACAACGCCGCACCGGCCGCCAAUUACCCUCCGAUCUCGCCGACGAGCACCGCCGUAGUUCCAGCCCCGAACAAUAUCAGCUGCAACGCACCCAGCACCCAAGCAGUGAGUCCGACGCAGGUGCCGAGGGGCGGAGCGCAGAGGAACAACUACAGGCAAAGAUCGGCCGAGGAGAGGCGGACGGAUGGAAGUGCUGGUCGUAGGAGGUCGGGACGAAAUAGGAACGCGACCUCUUCCAAUGCGGUGUCGCAGGCUCAAGAGAAUGGCAAUUCAAGCGGCGGCAGCGGCUGGGACGUUCCUUCUGGUUAUGAACUACGCACAACCGCCCAAGGACAAGUAUAUUUCUAUCACAUACCCACCGGAGUGUCGACGUGGCACGAUCCUCGACUCCCAAAGGAUAUCGGACCUCUGAGCUUGUCCACGGAUCAGCUGGGUCCUUUACCACCCGGUUGGGAAAUGCGACAAACUUCUUCGGGAAGGAUGUACUUUGUUGAUCACAAUAAUCGGACGACGCAGUUCACGGAUCCUCGAUUGAAUUCGCAACUGCUGACGAGUAUCCUGCGCCGACAGACGACUCCUCCUGCCGGAAGCACAAACAGCGUCAGCACGGAAAAUGCAUCGACUGGAAACACACCUGUACCUGCAGCUACACCUGUAGCGGCCGCGGCUGCACCUCCGCCACAAGUUGCGCCACCGCCAGCGCGUCCGCUUCCACCCAGACCUAGCGCGAAUGCAGCGGCUGUCGUCGCUCCUCCGUCGCCGUCGACCGCUUCGGCUACGUCCACAACGACGACGACGACAGCGACGACGACGACAACAACAUCGGCGGUGCCUAGACCGAUAGACAACGAUCUUCCGCACGGACUCAACGAUUCCGAGCUCCUGCCAAAGUACAGGCGCGAUCUCGUCGGUAAAUUGCGAGCGCUGAGGGCGGAGUUGACCAGUCUGCAGCCGCAGAGCGGUCACUGCAGGUUGGAGGUGUCCAGGAACGAGGUGUUCGAGGAGAGCUACCGGCUGAUCAUGAAGAUGCGACCUAAGGAUAUGCGUAAGCGACUCAUGGUAAAAUUCCGUGGGGAGGAGGGUCUCGAUUACGGCGGCGUUGCCCGGGAAUGGCUUCAUCUGCUGUCACGCGAGAUGCUGAAUCCGCAGUACGGCCUCUUCCAGUACAGCAGGGACGAUCAUUACACGCUGCAGAUCAAUCCGGAUUCGGCGAUCAACCCGGAGCAUCUGAGCUACUUCCACUUCGUCGGCCGAAUCCUCGGCAUCGCCAUCUUCCACAAUCAUCAGCUCGAGGGCGGUUUCACCAUGCCAUUCUACAAGCAGCUGUUGAACAAGCCCAUCACACUGGUCGACAUCGAAGGUGUUGAUCCCGACCUUCAUCGGAGCCUCACCUGGAUGCUACAGAACAACAUCGAUGGCGUCCUGGAGACGACGUUCUCCGUGGAGAACAACAGUUUCGGUGUCAUCAAGGUGCACGAGCUGAAGCCUCAAGGUGCGACGAUCGCGGUCACCGAGGAGAACAAGAGGGAAUACGUGAAGCUGUACGUCAACUACAGAUACAUGCGGGGCAUCGAACAGCAGUUCCUCUCGCUGCACAAGGGCUUCACGGAACUGAUUCCCACGAAUCUGAUGCGUCCCUUCGAUGAGCGAGAACUGGAGCUCAUCAUCAGCGGCAUCGGUAACAUAAACAUUGUCGAUUGGAAAACGCACACCAGACUGAAGCACUGCACGUCAGAGACGCCGGUGGUGCAAUGGUUCUGGCAAGUGGUAGAGUCUUACUCCGAAGAGAUGAGGGCUCGUCUGCUGCAGUUCGUGACGGGGUCGUCGCGGGUACCGCUGCAGGGCUUCGAGGCGCUGCAGGGAAGCACCGGCGCCGCCGGGCCGCGUCUCUUCACCAUACAUUGCGUCGAGGUCUCGCCGCAGAACCUGCCGAAAGCCCACACCUGCUUCAACCGCAUCGACAUCCCUCCCUACGACAACUUCCAGACGCUCAACGACAAGUUAACGCAAGCCGUAGAGGAGACGUGCGGAUUCGCCGUCGAGUGAUGCGACUAUCAAGAACUAAACGUAUCUCUCGCACGGAUAUAUUUUAGAUUCUUCAUUAAUCGCAUGUGCGCGAUGCCACCGCUCUCCUCCCCACAGACCGACCGACCGACCGAAAACAACGCCCACAUCCGUCGCCGCCGCCGCCGCCCAAUCGUCAGAUGAGUUUUCUUUAAGACAAACAAACAAGAAACAUUUGCACUUAAGUAUACAUAUCACUUGGACCGCGAGUGUCUUCUUUUCUUCGACAAUAUUGUUGUUGUAGACUCGCGCCGCCUUGAUUGGUUUUCGUUUUCUAGUAUUAACCCCGCCCAUCAUCCAGACAACGUGAUUCGUCUGCAGUGGCGGGGCGUGGUUUCCUACACACACACCCUCACACACACACACACUUAUUUCUUUCAAAACUUUUACUUUUCGAUCAAGUUGAGCAAUUUGACGACGCCCCGUUUACGAUUCAAGUGCCUUGUCGGUUGUUGCUGCUGCUGCUGUUGUUGUUAUUAUUGAUUACUAUUAUUGUUUUCCAUUCUGUCCUCUCUUUCUUUGCAUGCAUGCAUCUACAAAGAGAGAGAAAGAAAGAAAGAGAGCGAAAGAAUCAAAGUGAGAGAGAGAGAGAGAGAGAGAUGAUAACGUUGUAAACGAUUGAACCACGAUGUGCCUAUUUGCUAGUCAUGUGGAAAGACAAUAUUUUUUACUCGACACCGCUUAAUUCUUCUUAUUCUUAUCUACAUCCGAAUUGGAAGAAUGAAAGGGAUUUCCUUUUUAUAAAUUUUUGCACGACUCAUCACCACCAACAAACCACUCACUCCUCUGCCGUACACACCACACCAUCAUCAUCAUCCAAUAUUUUCUACAUUUCGAUUUUUUCCUUUUUGUGAUUUUUAUUAAUUUUUUA